AUGAUGCGCAGACAGCUUGGUUCGGUAAAUGUUUGCGCGUCUUUGUCUCGUACUCUGCUAAAUGUCACUGCGUUAGGCAUCGAGCGGCCACAAGGCGGAGAAGUCCCAAUCUUUAAGGACUACGGUCGAUACGAUUACUUGCUCUCGACUACGGUAGAGGAAUGGAAGGUGAAGGGCGCACAGAGUGGGAGAGAUGGCAGAACCCCUAGCUUGGUGUCCUUUGUCGGACAAUCAGGUGCUGGAAAGAGCUCCUUGAUAAAACUGUUGAUCGACCUGCGAUUGACCGGUGACGAUGCCUGGCCAACGCCAGUCGUAGGCGGUACGGGAGUGAUCGAGCCUACCUCCGAGGACGUACAUCUCUACGCUGAUCCGGUCACAGCAAUUACUGAGGCACCCAUAUUCUUUGCUGACUGCGAAGGGCUUUCUGGCGGUGAACGUGAACCGAUAAGUGCCAAGUUCAGACGGCAGCUGAAACAAACGAACGGGGCAAACGCCAAUUUACCACAGCCCAUCUCUGAGCGCGAACUGGGUUGGGCAGACACAAACAGUCUGCGCAGCCGAGAGUUCGCAGUUACCAAUCUAUAUCCGCGGCUGUUGUACACAUUCUCCGAUGUCAUUGUAUUUGUUCUCAAGAAUCCACGUGUCAUAGAAAGCGUAUUAGAGCAGCUCGUUACUUGGGCUGCAGCAGCUCUCGAGAUGUCUUCCAACCAACCUGUCCUACCACAUGUCAUUAUCGCACUUAACGCAUCUGACCUCGACAUUGACGAGCUUCAAUGGGAUCCGGACAUCGCUACUGCUUCUGUUCUUGGGUCUCUAUCGCGCACAGUCUUCAAGAACGCGGUGUUCAAGAAGUACGCCCAGUUCUGGCGUGAACGACAGCGACAGAUUGAGACUGUGGAGCAGCUAAUCCAAUCAUACUACACCACAAUCAGAGUGGUCCGUAUACCUACGAGGGAGCGCCCUCCUUUAGUUCAGGCUCAGAUCAGAAGCCUCCACGCCAACAUCACCGUUGCCUGCGAGAUGGCGAGAGACCGGAAGACCGAACUUCGAAUGCUGCUCGACGCCGAGGAGCUUCAAUCGUACCUACAAUGCGCAUUUGAUCACUUCGCCGCUUCUCUUGACCGCCCUUUCGACUUCGUACAAGCCUCAUUCUCGAACAGCCCUAUUCCGCUAGACUUUGGUGGCAACAUACUGAAAUUGGCAAUAAGAAUCAUGCAUGUUUGGCGCAAUAAGGCGGACGCCCAGCAGAUAUUCCAAGAGCUAAGCUAUAUGGUAGCUUCAUGCAUCAUGUUGGAUUGUGCACGCCAAAAAACACGAGGUACUGCAACGGAUAUUUUCCCACUCUACUUGGUACAUCUUGACGCAGCCUUGGAGAACUUUUGCGACGGUCAUUGGCCUUGCGAGUACGUGCAGCUGGUCACAGAUUUGCGUUGUGUUAAUGUGAAGAGUGGCCACGGUUCGAAAGGCCAUCAGACUGCGAACGGCAAUAUCAUUGCAGUUGGAGAAUACAUGUCCCGCUGGAACUACGAAACACUUCACGAAGAGUUCAUCAACAACUCCUACUACAGGCUUGAGGAGCUCCUGGAGCGCCUGAAACGAAACAAGGCGCCGGGCGAUGACGAGAUGCAGGUCGCUGCUGAUAUUCACCGAGACGACGUGAUGACCUGGUUCUACAGUCACGUUGCUGGAGACGGCAAAUCACAAGGAUAUGUCAGCCAUUCGGUCUGCUUCUGCUGCCUUUCGGAGCCUCCUGAACAUUCUUUGCCAUGUGGUCACGUACUGUGCACUCCCGGCGGCAUCCGUGGUAUUGUUGAGUUGGAGAUCCUGCAAGGUAUAGAGACUGCACUUGGAGGUCAAUUACGCAUUCAACAUCUCAUCGACCUCAUUGUAGGAACGAGUACCGGUGGACUUGUUGCUCUGGGUCUCGCAAGCCGUAAUUGGACUGUGGAGACCUGCAUCAACAAAUUCAAAGAGCUCUGUGACAAAGCAUUCACCCGUCGGUUCGGUAGUAAUAUGCCUCUCAUCGGAUGGUUCGUCGACAACAUCAAUCAUUCAAAAUAUGAGACCACGCCAUUGCAGGAAGCAUUACAAAAUGCUUUCACGGAAGACCAAUACCUCUUCGGAGGUCAGCGUCUAGAUCAAAACUGGACCUCUCCAGUCAAAGUCGCUGUCACGACCACUUCCUCAUCGUCGUCACCAGUAGUCCUAGCCAACUAUAAUCGCCGCUGCGAAGGGAAGCUUUCGUAUCAGUUCCAGCGACCUGAAAGCGUCAAGAACGAGUUGAAGACUUGGGAAGCUGCACGAGCAACGUCCGCAGCACCACGAUACUUCCGACCCUAUCUUCACGAAUCGUCCAAGCAGAUAUACAUGGAUGGCGCACUUUACCACAAUAAUCCGAUCCGUAUAGCGGACACCGAGUGGAAGUUGAUCUGGAGUAGGGGUCCAAUCACGCAUCCUGACCUUAUGCUAUCUCUUGGAACGGGGUUGGCUGCAGAUCAAGACGAGAGAUCAUUGAAGAGCCCAAUCUCAAAGCGAGGACUGAUCCGCAACGGGAAGAUGCUUCUAAAAAUUGCCACGGAUCAUAUCGCAGACGCACUAGACUGCGAGAAGGCCUGGGACGACUAUGUCAGGCCUCUCAUCCUUCAAGAUUCCUCAUCAAGGUUCGUACGGUACAACGUCGAGAUUGACGGCGAACUGCCAAGUCUCGACGACGUCAAAUCUCUUCAACCGCUCCAAGACAAGGUAUCAAGAAAGGUCUCGCAAGACCCUCGCAUCACGAAUAUAGCAUUUCAACUCGUGGCUACUUGUUUCUACUUUGAUGUUGAGCGCAUACAGCAAUUUGUACAGAAUUCCGCGGUCGCCUCGGAUGGCUCUCUCGAAAUGCAAGAGUUGGGAAGGCUCAUUCGCACUCAGUCUUAUCGAGACAAGAAUCCACUCUUCCUCGUGAGGGAGAAGGGCAUGCAUGGCAAAAUUGAAUCACGGGAGCUAAGUCCUGAUAUAGUUGGAUCCAUGAUCAGUCAGGGCAAGUUUCCGAUGCGCAAGAUGAACAUUCAGCUGCGCAACAAGCUCUCUGAUGUGGAGAUCUACUUCUUUCUAAACGAUGCGCAACAGCAUUCCAUCAGUGGAUUUCCUCGUUGUUUGUUCAGUGAUGGAAACGACAAAGCCAGGACCAAGCUAGCCGAAGAACAGACUCUGUCGUCGACGCAACUGCUUCAGAUGUCUCUGAUCAACAAGCAAUCCUUCCGGGCGAUACUGAGUCCGAGACGGCUGUUGCCCGAAGAAACCAACUCGCUCACUCUUCGUCUGAAGUAG